AGCCAGCAUGACCAAAUGCCAAAGAGGGCAACGACUUUCAUAGCCUCGUCCUCAACCUUUCGCUCACCCUCGCCUUCUGUCGCUUUCUUCAGCAUCACCGUCGAUAAAGUGAGGUUACCGAAUUACUACCCGCAGUCGGUCUCUCACAGCCCGGCUAAUUCGGUCCUCUUCUCUAUCCCUAUCCUCCUCCCAGACUCCAAAAACCGCAGUAUCCGGUCGCGUGAGAGAACGGGGGAUCACCACCGAAAGAAAGGAGGGAAAUUGAACACAUCGAGAACAGCGGAAACAUGGUAUUCUAUCCUCCACCAUGGGUCCCAAAGCUCCCGUUUGACCCUCCCGACUCGGUCACCAUCGGGGAAUUCAUGAAAAGCGAAAUCUAUGGCCGGUGUCCCAUCUCCAAAAGCCGAAACCCCUUCACCUGCGGCCUCACUGGGAGAACAUACACUGUUACCGAGUCGCACCAGCGCGCCGAUCUCAUUGCGAAAGCAUUGUCCAAGAUCAUGGGCUGGGAGCCGAAUGCCGACUCUCCCUGGGACAAGGUGGUUGCCGUAUUCUCUUUCAAUACCAUCGACUACCUUUCAGUGCUGAAUGCUGUGCACCGCUUGUCCGGUAUCGCCACGCCCGCCAAUGUCGCAUACUCGGCAGAGGAGCUGGAACACCAGCUCAGGUCUUCGGGAGCCAAGGCGCUCUUCACAUGCGUGCCCGUGUUAGAGACAGCGCUCAAGGCUGCCAAAGCAGUGGGGAUACCAGAGGACAAGAUCUUCAUCAUGGACCUCCCCCACCACUCUCAGAAACCCCCGUUCAAAACGGUCGACGACUUCGUGGAGAUGGGCCGCUCCGUUCCAGAGUUGGAGCCUCUGAGAUGGGUUAAAGGUCAGGGCGCGCGCCAGACGGCAUUCCUCUGCUACUCUAGCGGCACCUCCGGUUUGCCUAAAGCUGUCAUGAUCUCGCACCAAAAUGUCAUCGCCAACACGAUGCAAUACUGCAUCUUCGAAGAUGUAGCGAGAAGGCAGCUGGGUAUCGAGACCCAGGUGGAACUCGGCCUGCUCCCCUUCAGCCAUAUCUACGGCCUUGUGGUGGUUGCUCACUCGGCGACAUGGCGUGGUGACGAAGUCAUCGUGUUGCCCAAGUUUGACCUUACCGAUUAUCUCCAGGCCAUUGAGCGGUUCAAGAUCAACCAUAUUCUUAUCGUUCCCCCCAUCGUCGUUCGCAUGUUGAGCAGCAGAGACAUUCUCAAAAAGUACGACCUCAGCAGCAUCAGGUUGAUCUUCACAGGGGCGGCGCCACUGGGGAAGGAGACGUCUGAUGAACUCCUCCGUCUCUAUCCCAAUUGGCGCAUCGGUCAGGGCUACGGCUUGACCGAGUCCUCAACCGUGGUGUGCUCGACGAGCGAGCACGACAUCUGCGCCGGGACCUCCGGCUCCCUGAUGCCCGGGACACGAGCCAAGAUCGUCGACCCCAACGGCAAGGAGAUCAACGACUACGGCAAGCCCGGCGAGCUGGUCGUGCAGUCGCCGUCCGUCACGCUGGGCUACCUGAACAACGAGAAGGCCACAGCUGAGGCCUUCAUCUGGGACGAAGAUGGGCGGUGGCUGAAGACGGGCGACGAGGUCAUCGUGACCAAGGCCGACAGCGGAUACGAGCACAUCACCAUCGUAGACCGCCUCAAGGAGCUGAUCAAGGUCAAGGGCCACCAAGUCGCCCCCGCCGAACUCGAAGCGCACCUCCUCACGCACCCGGCAGUGGACGACUGCGCCGUGAUCUCGGUGCCCGACGCGCGGGACGGCGAGGCGCCCAAGGCGUUCGUGGUGACGCCCGCGGCGAUGGCGUCGCGCAGCGGCGCCGAGAUGGCGGCCGAGAUCAGCAAGCACGUGCAGGACCACAAGGCGCACUACAAGUGGCUCAAGGGCGGCAUCGAGUUCAUCGACGCCAUCCCCAAGAGCCCGAGCGGCAAGAUCCUGCGCCGGUUGUUGAGGGACAAGGAGAGGGAGGCGAGGCGGGGGAAGGGGGCGAAGUUGUGA